GGUUUGUUGACAGGUGGGGAGACAGAAGAUGUCAAUUGUUUAAGAUGUGAUUAACAGAUGAUGGAUUCAGCGUUGAGUGUUGUGUUUAGUAAUAAUGCAUACCAGGGUUAGAAUGUUGAAGUAAUGCCCAGAACAUGGCAACGAAUAAUUUGCAAUGGCAGCGCUUUUGUAUAUGUAUCCAGAAACACGCCCCUCCCGUUCAUUCUUUCACUUUGGAUUUAAAGUGAUUUAAGUACACCUAAUAAAUUAAAACUUUAUUGUUAGACUUAAUUGUUUAUCGCGAUAGUAGUCUUUUAUGCAUGCUGCAUCACUGGUAAUUCGUUUUAUAUAGGUAUGGAAGAUAGCCUGAGUGUAAGGUCGUACGAAUCAGGUACUACUAGUGAAGAAUAUGAGAUUUUAGCUGGGAAUACCAUCAAUAGACCCCAGCUCCAUAUUGCAGAUGACGGUAGCAUUGAUGACUUAAGAAAAAAUUUGAGAGAAGUACUGUCAGAAGACUGCCAGAGUCCGAAAAUGGAAAAUAGUAUAAAUAACGCAGCUGUUACCCAGUCCUCAGAUGCAGAAGCUAUUAAAAUUGUCGGCAAAAGCAUAUUUUAUAAUGAGGACUCGGACAUUUCAAACUCACCAUCAAAUGAGGUAGAGAAGGAAGACACCAUGAAGAAUGAAGAAUUGACAAAUGUUCCAGAUGUGCAACAGGAGUGUACUAUUUUUAAUGGAGUGACAUAUCUUGGUUCAGCUGCCAUAAAUGCUCCUAAAAGUGAAGCAGAGAUUCAGAGGAAUAUGGCAAUAUUAAAUGAACAGUCUAUAGAAAGUGGAAUUAAAAUUUCUGUGUCCGUUCCAAGCUCUUCAGAUGGAACAGUUGUGUUGUAUGAUGCAGCUACAAAUGCUGUGAUGGCACAGUAUGAAAUCCACCGGAUCUUGUACUACAGCAGAGGAACAGUAGGAACUAAGGAGGCGCCAUGUUUUGCAUUUACAUGGUCUCAUGGAGAAUCCCACGAAUCAGCCAUAUUUCAGUGCCAUGUAUUUAGAUGUGAUAUUCCAGAAGCUGUGGGCCAAGUUUCUGGAUGUUUCUCCAAGGCAUUCCAGCGUGUACCAAAGAGUCUUAUGAAUUCAGUGACAAGUCUUUCCAGUCCAGCACAGUCAGAUGAAGUGUUCAUUUUUCAAGUUACAAUGGCAAUCAAAGAAGAUGAUGGUCAUGGAAAUUUCUCACCUGUUGCAAGAGAUAGAAGUCAUUUCAAACUACGAGUUAAUAUGGAGAAGAAAAUAUGUCUUACUGUACAGCAAGCAUCAGAACAUGGAAAGGAACUGGAAGUAGAACGCUGCUUUGGUGUUCUUAUCAGCCCAGGCCGUUACCGCAAGCACUCUGAUCUGCAACUUCUGGAAAUGGAGGCUCAUCCAUGCUUAGAUUCUGGUGAUAAGCUUGGUUCAUAUCUUAUAUAUGGUCACUGGGAUCCUACAGAACCAGCUUUCGAGUCACUGAAUAACCCAACACUUCAAGAUUAUUUGACAGUUGCUGUAGAUCUUGUGAUAAAAGGAAUCCAAGAACCAGUGAGAUUUAUAAUUGAGACACAAGUGCGAAUAUUUUCAAAAAAUGAACGUUUUUGGUAUCACAGUAGGAGGCCAUUGACACAACAAUUUAAUCUUCAUUUGAAAGAGAUACCAAGCAAUGAUUUAUCUGAAACACUCUAUGAAGUCAUGAAAAUUGAGAGUAGUGGAAAUUUCGAUGAGACACGAAGGAUUCCAGCUUUAACUCUUGCUUAUCUAACGAGUUCUCCAGCCAUUCCAGACUUAGAUAAUUUGACUCCCAACAAUGAAGAAUUGUCAGAUGGUGAUGAGCCAUUGCUAAGUGGCACUGGUUCAGUGUCUAAAGACUGUUCAGAGGUUGAACUGGAAUCGUGGGCAGAAGUGCUUCUACGGUGGAGCAGUACAAAUCAGCGUCCACGUCAGUUAGCAGCAUUAGUACGUGCUGGAAUACCAGAAGCUCUUAGGGGAGAGGUGUGGCAACGCUUAGCUUGCUGUGACACUGACACUGCUACAAUGGAUACUUACCGUAUUCUUAUUACAAAGGACAGUCCAUGUGAGACUGUGAUACAGAGAGACAUUAAUCGGACAUUUCCAGCACAUGACUUUUUCAAAGAGGCUGGUGGAUUGGGGCAGGACUCCCUCUAUCGUAUCUCUAAAGCGUAUGCUGUUUAUGAUACGGAAGUUGGAUACUGCCAAGGCUUAAGCUUCUUAGCAGCAACUUUGCUUCUUCAUAUGCCAGAGGAACAAGCCUUCUGUGUUCUUAUUAAACUAAUGUACAAUUAUGGCCUACGAGAUUUGUACAAGGAUGGCUUUGAUGUCCUCUACUUGAGAUUGUAUCAACUGGACAGGUUGAUGGAGGAGCAGUUACCGAAAUUGUGGCAGCAUUUUACUGAGAAAGGUGUAGAGUCACACAUGUUUGCCUCUCAGUGGUUCCUAACUGUUUUUACAGCUAGGUUUCCACUAUAUUUUGUUUUCCAUAUUUUAGAUGUUUUCCUAUUACAAGGAGUAGAAACUCUGUUUCAAGUUGCAUUGGCUCUGCUGAUGGUUUGUAAGAAGGAAUUACUCACGCUUGAUUUUGAGACGACACUUAAGUAUUUCAGAGUUUCCCUCCCAAAGAAAUGUCGUUCUGAAGAAGUUGCCAAAAAUAUAAUGAAACUAGCUACAAGUCUGAAAGUAAAAAAGCUAAAAAAGUAUGAACAGGAAUUCAUAUCUGAAAAAGAAGCCCAAGAAGCUGAAAAGAGUUAUGCAAGUCGACUUGAAUUUCUGCAGGCUUCCCUGCAACGUUCUGAGGAAGAAAAGAGAAGCCUCGAAGAAGAAACAUUGCAGAUUAAAGAAAUGCUGCAACGUGAAGUACAAAGGGCUGAAAAUGAAAGCUGCAGAAAUAAUACAAUCAUUACGGAAUAUAAACAGAUUUGCCAGAGACUGGAUGCGGAAAAGAUUGCAGCUAAAUUGGCACUACAGGAACUAAGGGCACAAGUUAAGUUAUGCAAUCAGUGUCAGAAACUGGUCUGUGGCACUGAGGAAGAAGUGACAGCAAACACAGGAAUGCCAGCUGCUACUAUUGAUCCCCAACUUCAAAGGGCGCAGGAAAGGAUUAGGGAGCUAGAGCUAGAACUUGCACAGACAAAACUUGCUCGAGUACAAGCAGAAUGUCUUAAUCAGGUAAUUUUUUUGUGGCUGUAGUAAUAUGUGAUAUUAAAAUUUUUGAGAAUGAAAAAUCUAGUUUAUUUACAUACAAUUUGUAAUACAGCAUACAAGAAGUUUGUAUGUGUUAAUUAUGAAAUGUUAGUAUAAUCUGUUCAUAAUAUCCAGUACUCUGUCUUGAAAUGAGUAUACGCCCCUCUGUUAUAGUGAUGUAUGUUAUUUACAUCUGUAAAUUAACAAACAGACUCGAAGUCUUGGAAGCCUGGAAGUCAACUUGCAUAAAUUGUGUACUUUUCUGGUCAUUCUUUGUUAGAAGCUAGUUUGAAAAUUUCAUUGUAUAUGUUAUGCUGUACCUUCAGUAUCAAGAUUUUUUUUUGUACAUAAUAUCUAUAGUGUUACUCAUCUUAAUUGAAAGGAGUUUAGACAUUGUCUUUUUUGGUAUACAUGCAAUAAAACAAAAGCUGUCAUUUCCACAAAUAAUGAGAUUUCUAACAGUAUUAUUGCUUUAUCCUUUAUUGGAAACAUUAUCAUUUUGAACAUGACAAUGAGUAAUGUAUUUAUAAAACGUAAAUACCAGAUGUACUUAACAUUGAUCAGUGUUUAUGGUUAUGUAAUUCUAACUAAUACAGAGCAAUAUAUUCCUUGUGAACAAAACUAAAAGAAUGGUUAUAGAAUUAAUUUUUUUACAUUUGUAACUUCUUUUACUUCUGAAAAGUGUCACCACUCUGCUGGAAAACAAGUAAUUCGUAUAGCAUAAAAAUAUAGUUUGUGUUUUCUUACGAGUUGCAUUUAUUAUUGUUAAAUACUCAUGUUUUGAUACUAGUCUGUGAAUUAAGUAACAAUCCAAAAUUUCAGAAACAUAAAUGUUAGCAACUACAAUUACUGCAAAGGAUAUUCUGUAUUUACAUUACCAAAAGCAUUUUUUUACAGUGUACUUGUAAAUGAAAUGAACCACAUGCAGAUUUCUGGGGUAAA